CUGUCUGCCAGUCUCCCCUGCCCUGUCUGAUCUCCACGGCCCCGCGCGCCCCUCUCUUUCGUCUCGAUCCCAACAACAGCCACACCGUGGAAACUUCAGCGUGGCGGCAGAUGGCAGACGCUGCCGCAUCGUCAAUCCCAAGUAUUGCCCCGAAUAUUGCUUUCCCCUUUGGGCAUGAUUGCGAGCGGAGGCGGCGACGACGACGAUGCCCACGACGGGUCAUCCAUCCUCCAUCGGGUCUCGGGAGAGGCAUUUUCGGUGCUCGUUGCUCACUCUCGCUGAGCCUGCGAUUUCUUGGUCUGUCAGCAAACAUACGAUAUCGACGCCCCCGGGGCCUGGCGUCUCGUCUCGGGUCAGUCUCGGAUCCUCGAACGGUAUCGUGAGGCACUGUCCGUGGUUGUCCGUACAGGUGGUCCAGAGCACCGCCAGACUAGUCUCCACAGUCGUCGUCUUGCUUGUCCCUUUUUUUUUGGUCCCUUACCCUUACCCCGUCUCCCAGCAACGACCAUGUGCGGCCUCAUUCAUGUUGGGAUCAUGA